UGGAAGUGGAGUUACUGUUCCAUGAAUGCUACAAGAUAGUAGGAUUGUAGAGUAGUACAUGAAGAAGAAAAAAGUAUAAGAAGAUUGGAAAGAUUGAAAGGGGCCAGGCCGAAAAGGGCCUUCCAAGACAAACAGAAUAGUUUCUAUUUGAUCCUGGAGGGAAUAGGGAGCACCUGAGAGGCAGCCUGCCAAGGAACCAGAACUUUGCUAAUCAGAUGGAGAAGCUAAAAAGUAACUCUGCUAAAAGAAAAGUUGAAGAGGAAUACAAACUUUUGCCUCUUUGUCGUGCUAAGCCCUCCCCAAGUUUCAUUCAUCUUCCAGCAACCAACCCAGCCACUUGUCAAAACAAUCAGUCAGCAAAGCUACAAACAGGAGUCGACAUUAAAAAGCCCCAGGAUUGCUUAGGUCUGCUUCAGUGUAUGCACGCCAAUCUCCAACUUCAGACCAAACUUGCCCAACAACAGAUGGCCAUCCUAGAAGAUCUACAGUCCUCCAUGACUCUGCUGAUUCCUGGGGGGGAGGGGAAGGACUCUAUGCUGCCAGCUAUACGUCCAAAUUUGCUGUUGACUUGCCAACCUCAAAUCAGUAAAUGAACUUUGGGACCUAG